AUGUCUUCAUCUCCCUCUGGAUCUGGGGAAUCUAUGAGGAAAGAUAUCACUCUCAAGUUGAUGAGGCCUGGUUUUCCAGAGUCUCAAGAUUUCACUCUUGCAGUCGAUCUAUCGUCGACAGUUCGCGGACUCAAGAAUCAAAUCCAACACCUCGUUGCAGAGCACCCGGACGCUGAUUCCUUGAGGGUAAUAUAUGGUGGUAGGCAGUUGGCUGAUACCACUAUCUUGUCGGACGCAUUCCAAACGGUGUUGAGCUCUGACAGCCCGAGGCCCAUCUACCUCCACGUCGUUAUACGUCCUAGUACUAACCCUCCUAGAAGUGGAAACCUUCCUGCUCGUGGGUUCUUCACGUCUCAAUCUGGUCCCUCAACAGCGUCCCCAUCAGGCGCCCCAUCUCAACCACAUACGCCGUCUCCUACACCCACAAUCCCUCAAGGUCAAACUAUAGGUGCGAAUACUAGCGGGGCACAAGGUUCCAAUCCGGCGGCCGCUUUGUUUGCCUCAGGAGGACAGGAAAAUACACGUACGAUUAGGUUUACCCGACAGGUCACAAUUAGCGCCAAUACCACUGUUUUCGGUCCCCAUGGGGCCCAUGCUCAAGGUCCUGGCUUAGGGGGUAACAAUGGUGAACCUUCACAGAACCGGGACCCCAUCACGAACCGAGAUGGCGUGAAUUUAGCUUCUGGAUCGCAAUUUACUCCCCAGGCUCAAGCUCUUCGCUACCGGCCCCCAAGACAAUCUAGUUAUUCGGAGGGAGAACUACAUCAGCAUCAAAAUGCCCAUUUCGCUGGUGAAUCUGCUUGGGGCCGACAUCUUCCUCCUCCUCCAAGCGCCACUUCUGCUGGUGAUUCCCCUUGGGGCCGACAUUUCCCUCCUCCUCCAGAUGCCUAUUCUCUUAGUGAUCCUACCGGCUGGCCCCGACAUGCUCUUCAAAACUCGCCAUACGCGGGCCCGGGGACAUAUCCAAACCCGUCCUAUCCGACUCCACGACAACAAUUUUACCUGGCUCAAGGCCCAAAUGGUGAAAACAACCUUCUCGUACCCCCAGCCCCACCUGCUCCACGGCCGAGUCCAUGGUUGUUUCCACCACGAAGAAUAAGGUCGCCGCUUGCCCCGGUGGGCACUCAUAUGACCCCGCCCCCGGGGUUCGAUUUGGAUGAGAAUCUGAGUUCCGAAACGCGCUCGCCUAAUACUAUCCGUCAUUACUCGCCGGAUGACCACCUACGAGCAUCUAUGUAUAUGCAAAUAGAGCCUACAGCGGUCGCGGAAGAGCUUUACAACCUCGAAAGAGAACGAAACGAGUUGGCCCGAAGGUUGGAGCAGGAUUUUCGAAGAGACCUCCUUGCCCUAUAUCAUCGGCCUGCACAUACCCCGAAUGUUCCAGUUCCUGUUGCAGCCGGACCUGCUCCGGCUCGACCACAGACUUGGACGGAUUAUAUCAUCAAUCUUAUAGCAUGGCUUAAUGGAGGGAAUCCACCGAUACCCAACGACCGUUUUUUCGAGGUCGCAGCGGGAUGGCUGAUUGAUAAUAUUUGGUUAGCCCUGAAGCUAGCAUUUGGGGUGUAUAUAUUGGGUGGGGGCAGGGGUACACGUCGUGAUAUGAUACUCUGGGCUGUUGCUGCAGUUGUGUUUCUCGCACAAUCGGGGAUUCUACACUUUCUGCUGAAUCACCGCCUUCAAAAUAUCUUUAAUCAAUUAAAUGCAAUCCUGCCAGACCUGGAUGGCGACCGCUUUCAACCGCCUGCCCAGGUUAAUCAGGAGCAGCAGCCGCAGCCGCAACAACAACCACAGCUAGAUGGGGCGCCUCACCCCCAACAAUUAGCAGACAGGUUGAUGCAGCAGCGGAAUAAUCGUCGGAAUGGUGGGAUUUGGGAUAAUAUCCAAACCAGCGUAGGGAUAUUUAUGGCUAGUUUGGUCCCCGGUUUAGGGGAGCGUGUGGGGAAUGCUCGACGACUUCAGCUAGAGGCAUUAGAGGCAAUAGAGGGUGGCCAGCAAGCGGAUCAAGCACACGGAGGGCCCGCGGGUGGCCGAGAGGGCGGGGAAGGAGACGAUGGUGCUAGGGCUAAUCAAGCUGAGCAGGCGGCGGGUGAAGGUGGUGGUCGUCAACCAAAUCCUCCCAAUCAACCGGCGCAGGAUCAAGACGUUCAACCGUUAUUCGGACUCUAA